AUGCAUCUGGACGUGCCUUUUUUCACUGCGGGUUUGCUGACCCUGUUCGUCCUAGGCGCUAUCGGCAACAUGACCCUCCUCCAACCGGACAACCAAUGUGAAAUACACAGUGCACGCGAUGUUGGAUUAUACGGAUCAUCCUACAUAGCCACCGCAGCCGUGCUACCCAUCAUCCUGCUCCUCGCCGCCUUGAUCAGCCCCCAGGCUUUGCUUGUGAAGAACUUUAGCCGCCGCGGAUCGAGAUCCUAUGUGCCCGAUGUGGCGAAUCGGCCUGGGGAGUACUCUGGCAUGGUGGAAGUUGGUGGUUGGGCAAAGGGGAAAGAAGAGCAUUCGGCAUUAGGGGGAGGCAGUGGAAGUGAAGAGUACGUGCCGCACAGUUUACAAAGGGGCUCGAGGGAGGAUGAAUACAGUCGUGGGCAUGUAGGAGGAAAGGGGGAGAAGGAGCACAUCGUCUUGCUAAGAGCAUGUGCGGCGAAUGAGGGGCAGUAG